AUGGUCCCAGAAGCAUGGCAAAAUGACAAUUAUAUGGCUCCAGAAAAAAAGGCUUUCUAUAAAUGGAGUGCACAUACAAUGGAACCCUGGGAUGGACCAGCUCUAUUCACAUUUACCGAUGGACGAUACAUUGGAGCAAUCCUUGAUAGAAAUGGACUUCGACCUUCUAGGUUUUAUGUUACCAAGUCCAACCAUAUGUACAUGGCUAGUGAAGUUGGGGUGGCCGAUAUUCCACCUUCAGAAAUUGUUAUGAAGCACCGACUCAAGCCAGGCCGCAUUCUCCUGGUUGACACAGAAGAAAAAGUAUUUAACAUGCAAGAUAAUGCAAUUAAAGCUAAAAUAGCUAGUAUACAUCCCGUAACAAAAUGGCUGGAUGCUGAAUGCAUCAACAUGUCUGAUUUACGCAUGUUACACAGGCAGAAAACACCCUCCCCAUCACCUUCUCCACAUAUCAAAGAGUUCCCUAAACUUGAAGGAGGACCUCUUCAGCGUGACCUCCGACUCACAAUGUUUGGCUAUACAACAGAGGCUAUUCAUCUGCUUGUUAUACCCAUGAUUAAAGACAAAAAAGAAGCCCUUGGUUCCAUGGGCAAUGAUGCCUCCUUAGCAUGUCUAUCCCAAUUCAAUCCACUGCUUUAUGAAUACUUUAAGCAGUUAUUUGCGCAAGUUACAAAUCCACCAAUUGACCCAUUUCGUGAAAAAAUUGUCAUGUCUCUUGAGUGUCCCAUAGGCCCAGAAACAAACAUACUGGAGCCACAUGCUGAACAGUGUCGUCGACUCUGGCUGGAACAACCAAUUCUCUCGCUUGAUGAUUUGGAAGUCCUUAAGUUUGUUGAAUACCGCAAUUGGAAAAGCAAAGUCAUCGAUAUUGUGUAUCCUGUCACUUUGGGAAAAGAUGGACUGCAACCUUCACUCAACAAGAUUUGUGAGGAGGCUGCACAAGCUGCUACAGAUGGCUACACAUUGCUGAUACUCUCGGACAGAAAAGCUGGGAAAAGCUUUGUCCCAAUCAGUGCCUUGAUGGCAGUUGGUUGUGUUCAUCACCAUUUGAUCAAAACAAAACUCAGACUGAAAGUUGGACUUAUUAUAGAAACUGGAGAAGCAAGAGAAAUUCAUCAUCAUUGCACUUUAGUUGGUUAUGGAGCCGAUGCAAUAUGUCCCUAUUUGGUUUAUGAAUUGAUCCGUGAUCUCUGCUAUCACAAACAAAUCAACACGCUUCUUACUGAUCAUGAAAUUUUCAGUAGUUACCGAUCUUCAUGUGCCCGUGGUAUUUCCAAAGUUAUGGCUAAAAUGGGAAUAUCAACACUACAAAGUUACAAGGGUGCCCAGAUCUUUGAGGCCAUUGGUCUUCACCAAGAGGUCAUUGAUAAAUGUUUUGUGGGGACUGCUUCACGAAUUGGAGGUGCAACAUUCAAUGUCCUUGCUGAAGAGGGCCUGAUGCGUCAUUUUAAUGCUUACAAAGUGGAACAAGUAGACAGAUACAUCAUGAACAACCCAGGUCUCUAUCACUGGAGAGAUGGUGGUGAGAAACAUAUGAAUGACCCAGAGACAAUUGCAGCUCUUCAGCAUUCUUCCAAAAACAACAACAAAAAUUCCUUCAAGAUCUUCUCCGAUUCAGCCUGGAACACAACACGCCGAUGCACUCUUCGUGGUCAGUUGGUAUUAAAAUAUGGAACUGAUCCUGUUCUCACUCUGGAUGAAGUAGAAAGUGCUGCCGACAUUGUAAAACGUUUUGCAACAGGUGCUAUGAGUUUUGGCAGUAUAUCCUAUGAGACACAUACAGCUCUGGCUAUUGCAAUGAAUCGAAUUGGAGGAAAAUCCAAUACAGGUGAAGGUGGUGAAAAUCCAGAGAGAUAUUUAAAUGAAGGCACACAAAUGAAUGCUCGAUCAGCUAUAAAACAGGUUGCUUCUGGCCGUUUUGGAGUGACCAGCUCCUAUCUUGCACAUGCAGAUGAUAUUCAGAUAAAAAUGGCCCAAGGUGCCAAACCUGGAGAAGGGGGAGAAUUACCUGGAUACAAGGUGACAACAGAUAUUGCCAAGACAAGAAAAUCUAUCCCUGGGGUGGGGCUAAUCAGCCCACCACCCCAUCAUGAUAUCUACUCUAUUGAAGAUCUUGCUGAGCUCAUCUAUGAUUUAAAAUGUGCCAAUCCGAAUGCCUACAUCAGUGUGAAAUUGGUGUCUGAAGUGGGUGUAGGCGUCAUUGCAGCAGGAGUAGCAAAGGGAAAAGCAGAGCACAUCACAAUCUCUGGUCAUGACGGAGGUACUGGAGCCAGUAGUUGGACAGGAAUCAAAUACGCUGGACUACCAUGGGAAUUAGGAAUUUCAGAGACUCAUCAAACACUUGUCUUGAAUGAUCUCCGGUCAAGAGUGAAGCUACAAGCUGAUGGACAGAUAAGAACAGGCCGAGAUGUUGUCAUGGCUGCACUGCUUGGUGCUGAUGAAAUUGGAUUCAGCACAGCCCCACUGAUUGUCUUGGGAUGCACACUAAUGAGAAAAUGUCACUUGAACACCUGCCCUGUUGGCAUUGCUACACAGGAUCCUGUGUUAAGGAAAAAAUUUGCAGGCAAACCAGAACAUGUUGUCAACUAUGCUUUCCAUGUUGCCGAAGAGGUGAGAGAAAUAAUGGCAAAACUUGGGUUCCGGACUUUCCAAGAAAUGAUCGGUCGUACUGACAAGCUGGAAUUUAAUCCCGACCCUUCCAAUUACAAGGCUAAGAUGUUGGAUUUUAAACUGAUUCUCACAAAUGCUCAAGAGAUCAACCCAGAAGCCAAUAUUGUUGGGAGAGCUGUCGCACAGAAUUUUGAAUUUGAAAAACGAUUGGACAAUAUAGUCAUUGAGGAAGCCAUAGAUGUCAUUGAAGGCCGAGCCAAAAAGAGAAUUAUUGACUUGAAGAUAACAAAUGAAGAUCGUACAUUUGGAAGUACACUAAGCUACCAUAUUUCCAGGAGAUACCAUGAGGUUGGACUUCCAGAAAACAGCAUUGUCAUCCAACUCAGGGGAUCUGGAGGUCAGAGCAUGGGAGCGUUCCUGGCAAGAGGAGUCCACAUUUAUUUGGAGGGAGAUGCCAAUGAUUAUGUUGGCAAAGGUCUCUCAGGUGGAGAAAUUGUCAUUUAUCCACCACUCACAGUAUCAGAGGAAUUCAAAUCUGAAAAUAACAUCAUCGUUGGAAAUGUUGUUCUUUAUGGCGCCACUUCCGGCAAAGCAUUUUUCCGAGGUCAAGCUGCAGAAAGAUUUUGUGUUCGAAAUUCAGGCGCUGUAGCAGUUUGUGAAGGCUGUGGCGACCAUGGAUGUGAAUAUAUGACUGGUGGGAAAGCACUUGUAUUGGGCUUAACAGGUCGCAAUUUUGCCGCUGGUAUGUCUGGUGGCCUGGCCUAUGUUUAUGACAAGGAAAAGUUGUUCCAUCAGAGGUGUAAUACCGAAUCUGUCUCUCUUGAUCCACUUGUGGAUGAAGAAGACUUGAACUUUGUUUUUGAUCUGCUCAGUGAAUUCCAAAUAAAGACAGGCUCUGAAGUUGCCACAUACAUCAUUAAUCACUGGAAUUCAGAACAGCAUGACUUUAUCAAGGUAUUCCCUCAUGAAUAUCGUCGCUGUCUUGAGAAGCAGGCAGAAGAGGCACGAGAACUGGCGCCCAAAUUUGCAGCUGCAGUUGAAGAAGAGAUAAAGAUGUCACAAUUGGUAACUGACUCCCCAAGCAAAUCCCUGAAGAAUGAUUUCAAAGAAGAGAUUAUCAAUGAAUUGAAAGAUGAUGGUGGCAUGAUGAAUGGUAAGCCUGAAGAACCCAAAGUAGUGGACAUAGAAGAUGCCAUACAAAAUGUGGCCAGAGACCAAAAGAACCUGGAAAAGACUUACGACAAAUUAAGAGGUUUUGUAAAGUACAAGAGGGCAGAUGUCCAAUACAGAGAAACGGCAGAGAGAUUGCAGGACUGGGGUGAAAUCUUCAACCAUGAUAAAGUGAAAGAUGGUUUACAGAAACAAGCAGCAAGAUGUAUGGAUUGUGGUGUUCCUUUCUGUCAGUCCAACAAUGGCUGCCCUUUGAGCAAUAUUAUACCAAAAUGGAAUGAUUUGGUCUAUCGUGGAAACUGGAAGGAAGCUCUUGAAACUUUAUUGCAGACUAACAACUUUCCAGAAUUCACUGGCCGAGUCUGCCCAGCGCCAUGUGAGGGUGCCUGUGUGCUUGGAAUUAAUGCUUCUCCAGUAACCAUAAAAAAUAUCGAAUGUGCUAUUAUUGAUCAUGCAUUUAAUGAAGGCUGGAUGAAGCCAAUUAUUCCCAAACAUCGAACAGCUAAAAAAGUUGUUGUUGUUGGCAGUGGGCCUUCUGGCCUGGCUGCAGCACACCAACUGAACAAGGCUGGCCACAGUGUCACUGUAUAUGAAAGAAAUGACAGAAUUGGAGGACUUUUGAGAUAUGGAAUUCCCUCUAUGAAACUAAGCAAACAGGUUGUGCAACGAAGAAUUGAUCUAAUGGCUGCUGAAGGAGUUGAGUUUAUUACCAACUGUAACAUUGGAAAAGACGUUUCUGCUCUUGACUUGCAUGAGAACUGUGAUGCCAUGGUCUUGGCACUUGGUGCUACCUGGCCACGAGACCUUCCAAUUCCUGGCCGAGAACUAGAAGGCAUCUAUUUUGCAAUGACUUUUCUCUCAACCUGGCAGAAAAAUCAAGAAUCUAAGACAACCGAUCAAGUAACAAUCACUGCUCAGGGUAAAAAAGUUGUGGUCAUUGGAGGUGGUGACACUGGUGUCGACUGCAUUGGUACUUCUCUCCGUCAGGGAGCCAAAAGUGUGGUCAAUUUUGAAAUUCUGCCACCUCCACCCCCAUCUCGAGCAGAUGACAAUCCUUGGCCACUGUGGCCUAAAGUCUUUAAAGUGGACUAUGGUCAUGCUGAGGUUGCACAUAAAUUUGGAAAUGACCCAAGAAUAUACAACAUUGUCAGCAAGGAAUUUAUUAGCGAUGGCAAAGGGCAUGUGUGCGGAGUAAGAACAAAACUUGUAGAAUGGACCAAGAAUGAAAAUGGCCGCUUUGUAAUGAAUGAAGUUGAAGGAAGUGAAAAGGUAUUUGAAUGUGACUUGGUUAUCAUUGCCAUGGGAUUUUUGGGACCAGAAAAGAAUAUUCUGACUGAAUUAUCCCUAAAGCUUGAUGCCAGAGGCAACUGUGAAACUCCAAAAGACAAGUAUUCAACAAAUAUUCCAAAAGUCUACGCAGCUGGGGAUUGUCGUCGUGGUCAGUCCCUUGUGGUUUGGGCUAUACAUGAAGGUCGACAAGCUGCCCGCCAAGUUGACAUAGAUUUAAGUGGAGGUACCUAUCUACCUGGACCUGGAGGUCUUCUUUCAUCUCUGACCGCUCCUACUGGACAAAGUAUAGCAGUGUCCAGCUAA